AUGAGCUUACCAGAUCACUGCUUUGUCCUGCUGGGUUGGACUGGAACAAUACAGAGUAUGUUCUCGUUCUUGUUUUCCGGUGUCUGCAGUCCUGAAAACUCUAAACAGAACGAGAGAGAACCUUCAGAGCGGCGAAUUGUCGAAGACCCGUGGUGUGGGCUUCUUAGGAGCCGCUUGGUGGCUUACAAGCACGUCUUUAUGUCCCUGAGUUCAGUCGACAAAGAACCAAAAGCCACACGGUCCGGAAAUGCUCGUCUCCAUGGGAUGAAUUCUGUCACCAUCGCUUCUAUUGCAUAUGUUGCAACUCAGGUUCGAUUCGCCAUAAGCUCCUCCUCAGUGUUCUCGUGGACCGACACUACUACUGACUCAGAGACCUUUUACCAUAGCCUCCUUGACCUUUUUGAGGACCCCGAUGAAUCGAAGGAGGUCGAGGAGCUGCUGACAUGGUGGAAUCGUCAGGUCUUCCCUACUUCCUCUGCUGCCAAACGAUCAGUUAGUGCCAACAGCGCCUUAUCGAAAAUACGACUUAAGCGCCUUGCGACCAAACAGGCGGCAGUUUCGAACACAGUCUCUUCGUAG